AUGGGUGGUGUCUGUUCGUGUCGAGGUCGUGGUAGCCAGGUGAAUGCUGGCUCGAUCCUUGAUCGUGUGAUCAGUCAAGCGAGCGACGAAGAUCAAUGUCUGUUGUAUCGUCUGGCCAAUUACAAGAAGGGUGGCGAGCUGAUCGAGUCGUACAAUCAAGGGGGCCAGGCGGAUGUGGAAAAAUUGAUCAGGGAACAGUUCGGUGUCCUGAUGUACGCAGAUGGGAAAGGUCAGGUGAUCAAUCGGGCGGAGUAUCUACGAUGGAAAUUCCGAGACCUCGAGCAGGUUGUGCUACCGAUUGAGGCUUCUUUGUCACGGUUCGAUCCUUUGGCUCAGUGGAACGAUCACGAGGCGUGUUGGCAGAUGCAAUAUAGAGGAUCGCUCGGAGAGACUCUGCUACAUGUUCUGAUUAUAUGCGACACAAGGACGCACACGCGAGUGGCCCGUAUUCUGCUCAAGUGCUUCCCGCGGCUGGCUAUCGACGUUGUCGAGGGCGAAGAGUAUCUUGGCGCUAGCGCCCUGCAUCUCGCGAUCGCGUACAACAAUAAUGAACUAGUUCAGGAUCUCGUUGAGGCGGGCGCGAUCAUUUCUCAGCGGGCGAUAGGCAGCUUUUUCCUGCCUAGAGAUCAACAACGAAUGAAUCCGGCUAAGAAUACGGAUUACGAGGGAUUAGCCUACCUGGGAGAGUAUCCUCUCGCUUGGGCUGCUUGCUGUGCAAACGAGAGCGUUUACAACUUAUUACUCGAUUCUGGCGCUGAUCCCGACGAGCAAGACUCUUUUGGAAACAUGAUACUGCAUAUGGUAGUCGUUUGUGACAAACUGGACAUGUUCGGGUAUGCUCUCCGUCAUCCGAAGCUUCCUGCUCGCAAUGGGAUCGUGAAUGCCGCUGGACUGACCCCAUUGACGCUCGCCUGCCAGCUGGGUCGCGCAGAGGUCUUUCGGGAGAUGUUGGAACUGUCUGCACGAGAAUUCUGGCGCUACAGUAAUAUCACCUGCUCGGCGUACCCCCUGAAUGCACUCGACACGCUGUUACCUGACGGCAGAACAAACUGGAACUCCGCGCUAUUUAUCAUUCUGAACGGUACGAAGGAGGAGCACUUGGACAUGCUGGACGGUGGUAUUAUUCAGCGAUUACUCGAGGAAAAAUGGAAGACCUUUGCGCGGUUGCAGUUCCUGAAACGAUUGAUCAUCCUGGUGUUCCACUUGACAUCACUCUCGCUGGCCGUUUACCUAAGACCGUCGAACAUGGAUUCUACGCUCUUGACAUGGCCGGAGGAAAUCACGGAAGUCGCACGCGUGAUCGCUGAGUGCAUCACAGUGUUAGGCGUGCUGAGCUACAUUCUGGUGCAACUAGGCGGCGAAGUCAUCAACAUCGGUCUUCUGUCAUUUAUGAAACAGUUGAGUCACGAGCCCGCCAAGCUCAUAUUCUUGAUCAGCAAUCUGCUCAUACUCGCGUGCAUUCCGUGUCGUCUUGCUGGUAAUAGGCAUGCAGAAGACGCGAUACUUGUGGUUGCUGUUCCCGGUUCUUGGUUCCUCCUCAUGUUCUUUGCUGGCGCUGUCCGGCUGACCGGUCCAUUCGUUACAAUGAUCUACAGUAUGAUAACCGGCGACAUGUUGACCUUCGGGAUAAUCUACAUGGUGGUGCUGUUCGGCUUCUGCCAGUCGUUCUACUUCUUGUAUAAAGGCUUCCCGGGAGUGAAGUCAUCCCUCUACAGUUCCUAUCACUCGACCUGGAUGGCACUGUUUCAGAUAACCCUCGGCGAUUAUAACUAUACGGACCUCGGCUACACGACCUACCCUAAUUUAUCGAAGAUGGUGUUCGCCAUAUUCAUGGUUUUGGUACCCAUACUGCUGUUGAACAUGCUGAUCGCGAUGAUGGGCAACACUUACGCGCACGUGAUCGAACAGAGCGAAAAGGAAUGGGUGAAGCAAUGGGCAAAAAUCGUAGUGUCACUGGAGCGUGCAGUCUCGCAGAAGGAUGCGCAGAAUUAUUUGCAAGAAUACAGUAUUAAAUUGGGACCUGGAGAUGACAACAAUCCUGCUUCAGAGCAGCGUGGUGUUCUGGUUAUUAAAAGUAAAUCAAAAACCAAAGCAAAGCAACGCAAAGGUGCGGUGGCUAAUUGGAAGCGUGUAGGCAAAGUGACGAUAAAUGAAUUGAAAAAGCGUGGCAUCACAGGGGAGGAGUUGCGUCGAAUUAUGUGGGGCCGUGCGUCUUUUUCUACCCCUGUCAGAAUAAGCCCAAACGUGGUCGAGGCUCAAGUUUCAGUGGUGACCGCUGGUUUUGGGGACGCACUGACCGCAGCAUUGGACGUGAUGGCGUUCGCCCACGAUUUCGACUUGUCUACUGCUACGGAAGGAAUUCCGACCAACAUCGACACGAAGCACUCGAAAUCGAAGACUGUCACCACGGACCAAGCGAAAUCGACAACGAAUAAUCAGGAGAAAAUGUCGACGAACGUUCAACCACAAGGGAAACCGUCUACCGAAACUGCGGAUAAUCCAGCGAACGAUCGUACUGAUAUUACCAAAAUAUCCAGCGAGCCUCUAGCCGUCCACGAGAUGAAUUUGAAGAACGCGAGUCAUUCGAGUAUGGCCGAGGAUUUUCAGGAUCCGCUUUUGGAACUUGUGAUUGCCUCCGAAAAUACAAACGAUCCUGAAACGCUGCUGGAGAUAGCGAGACGCGCCGCGGCAAGUUCCGAUGCGGGGACCAGUUCGAAAAUAAAUCUGCAAAUCUUGGAACAGUUCACGAUGACUAAGAUUCCUAUGGAAGAAAAAGUCACCGACACGAAGAAGCAAUAUUUCAUCGAAUCGAGCGACAAUGAUUUUGGCGGCGACAACCUGCUCGGAACCGAGGCCCGUCUACGUAGAAUAAGAUCAGCGAACAACAGAUUUAUCACGACACGGAGACGGUCACGGCAUGCCGACGACGACCUGUCAUCCACGUCUUCCACAUCCAUAGAUAGAAAUCCUCAAUACCAGCCAUUGCUCAACGGCCCUGAGAGCUCGUCGAACCGUCAAAUUGAAAGUCGAGAGAGCUCUGUCGAGGCAAUUAAGCCGCAAGUAAAGCAGAACGAGUCAUACGAUUCAGUAAAGGCCAAGGCUCAGAAGCGUCGACCGAAAACAGCGAAAAAUAGGGUAUCGCCCAAGGAAAUGGAGGAGACUGCCCUGAGGAGAAGAGAAUCGAUCGAGCGGAAUAAGGCGGUUUCACCAGCGACAUCGCCUACGGAUCCGCUCGAACCGUGGAGUACACGCGGCAUUAAGGACAUGAACACGAUAUUGGCUUGGGAGGAGAACGCGCCGGACAGUCCUUAACGAAACUUUACGAUAUUAUGCGCCGUGUACCUCCGGUUGGCCCUCCGACCAACAAAAUGGCGCCCUGUUUUUAACCCCCUUGUCUCUGGCACAAAACUACGACGCGUCAACAGGAAGUUGGGUCGGUCGAAACUCAACCAGAGCUUGCAGAUUCGAGGAUUCUUUGCGAUGGAGCGGAAGGAUUCUUGAAGGACGAAGGAAUAUCGAGAGGACGAAAAUAAAAAUGUAAGUGUUUGUAAAGAUAUGUAAGUGUUGCGGACAGAAAGAAAGUGAAAUUUAGACAAAUCGCUGUGCAAAAUUUUUUAAUUUGAAACGUGUCUUUCCGGAAAUUAGAGAUGAGUGUCAUUCUUCAUGGAUUUUGAAAGUGGAUUGUUGACAAAAGUCCAACAACAAAAAUGCAAUUCAACUCGGAUGCCGUUAAACAUAUUAUACAAAAGUUAGUUAAAAAAAUGUAAGCUUCGCACAUGCACAUGAUUAUCUGAGCUUUUAAGGAUAUCUUUUAAACGAAAGCUAGUCAUUUUUUCGUUUAUCACGAGUGUUUGAGUUG